UCAGCCAUCGACGCAAUGAAUAACACUUACGCUUUUUUCCCGUUCCUUCUCUUUCUUCCUUUUCUCGCUUUCUGCGAUGAUCUUCAGGUCUUCAUAGUAUACUUUGGAGAGCACACGGGAGACAAAGCUUUUCAUGAAAUAGAAGACUUCCACCAUUCUUAUCUACUGUCCGUUAAAGAGUCCGAUGAAGACGCCAGAUCUUCUCUCCUCUAUAGCUACAAGCACAGCAUCAAUGGCUUCGCCGCCAUGCUCACACCAGAUGAAGCCUCCAAACUAUCCAAGCUGGAUGAAGUGAUAUCGGUGAUUCGGAGCAACCCGAGGAAGUACUCGCUGCAGACAACCAGGUCUUGGGAUUUCUUGGGGUUGGAAGAGGGAGAUGCAGAUUGGCAUUUGAAGCACCAUCAACUUGGAGACGGGUUACUGCAAAGAGCAAAAUAUGGCAGAGAAGUCAUAGUUGGAAUAUUGGACAGUGGAGUGUGGCCGGAAUCAAAAUGUUUCAGUGAUGAAGGGAUGGGAUCCAUUCCAAAAUCAUGGAAAGGAGUCUGCCAAAGCGGACAAGAUUUCAACUCGUCCCACUGCAACAGGAAGCUAAUCGGUGCUCGAUACUACCUCCAAGGUUACGAGCAGCGCUACGGCCCUCUCAAUACAACUCUCGACUCCAAAUCCCCACGUGAUCUAGAUGGGCAUGGCACGCACACAGCCUCAACAGUCGGAGGAAGGAGUAUCCCCAAAGUCUCUGCCCUUGGCGGCUUUGGCCGUGGCACAGUCUCAGGUGGUGCACCUCUCAUCCACCUUGCCAUCUACAAGGUCUGUUGGGCGAUCCCGGGGCAAUCCAAGGUCAAUGGCAACACCUGCUUCGAAGAGGACAUGCUGGCAGCAUUCGAUGAUGCCAUUGCCGAUGGGGUCCACAUCAUCAGCGUAUCGAUUGGGACCCAAUUCCCCAUCCCCUAUGCAGAGGACGGCAUCGCUCUUGGGGCAUUACAUGCUGCCAAGAAGAACAUCGUGGUGGCAUGUGCUGCUGGGAACUUCGGUCCGACCCCAUCAACCCUUUCGAACCCUGCCCCAUGGAUUAUUACUGUGGGCGCCAGUAGCUUGGAUAGAAGGUUCGUCUCUCCAGUCAUCCUGGGAAACGGGGAGCGAAUUGAGGGUGAAACAGUAACACCUCACAACAUGAGAAGGUACUACCCGCUCGUACAUGCGGGAGACGUAGUCACUGCUGAAGUGCCUAAAACCGCAAUCGCUGGACAAUGCCUCCCAGGUUCCCUUUCUCCCGAGAAGGUAAAAGGGAAGAUAGUUUUGUGCUUUAGAGGAAAUGGAACCAGAAUGGCCAAGGGCAUGGAAGCAAAGAGAGCGGGUGCAGCCGGUUUUAUCCUCGGAAACUCUCCAGCCAAUGGAGCUGAGAUACCGGUUGAUGCCCACGUUCUUCCUGCAACUGCUAUAUCCUCAGCAAGUGCCCAAAAGAUUCUUCAAUACAUCAACUCAACUAGUAACCCGACAGCAGCGCUAGUACCUGCAAAAACAAGGUUGCAUGCUGUACCUGCCCCGCUUAUGGCCUCCUUCACCAGUAAAGGACCAAAUGUUAUUGACCCCAACAUUCUCAAGCCUGAUAUCACAGCACCCGGGCUGAAUAUACUUGCUGCAUGGUCACGGGCAGACUCCCCCUCAAAGCUAGAGUCAGAUCACCGAGUUGUUGCAUACAAUUUCGAAUCCGGAACUUCAAUGGCAUGCCCCCAUGUGGCUGCUGUGAGCGCCCUCCUCCGAGCCAUCCAUCCUAAUUGGAGCAGUGCAGCUAUAAGAUCUGCCCUCAUAACCACAGCAAACCCAAUGAACAACAUAGGUUUGCCGAUAACGGAUGCAGCAGGCAAUAAGGAAACUCCUUUUGCAUUUGGAUCCGGCCAUCUCUCCCCACAGAAGUCAGCAGACCCUGGCCUCCUCUAUGAUGCCUCGUACACAGAUUACACAAUGUACCUCUGCGGAAUGGGGAUAAAGGACCCUGACAAGAAGUUCAAGUGCCCCAGGAAGGCAGUUACUGGUUACAAACUCAACUACCCGUCCUUGCAGGUGUCAGGCCUCAACAAUUCGGUCUCUGUGAAAAGGACUGUUACGAAUGUUGGGCGAAGUUAUGGUACUUACUUCUCCUAUGUCAGCCCACCCCGCGGGUAUUCUGUCAAGAUCCGACCGAGCGUCCUGUUCUUUGACCAAUUAGGACAAAAGAAGAGCUUCACCAUCAAAAUCAAACCAAAGGGUCGAAUUCUACGCAAUACAAGCGAAUAUUAUUUUGGGUGGUACAGUUGGAGUGAUGGAAUCCACAUUGUGAGGAGUCCUAUGGCCAUAUCUCCAGCGUAGACAAACUAUGACUCCAACUCCUAGUACGUUUUGGGUUACUUUUUGAUUUCUAUAGGUAAACCAAACGUGCAUUUACAUUGUGUCUUUGAACAAGAUUUUUCUGAUUUUCACUCUUUCAGUGAAAGAGAUAGUAAUUCAUUUCACGAGCUUCAGUCACUAAUUAAAAUAAAA